UCUGACACGCACGUGCACGUGGGGGGAUCUUGGGGACGAAGAGGGCGGUCCUCACAAGCCGAUUUGCCAUGCUUCGCGCCGCUGCCUCCCGAGUCCACCAGCGCGCGGCCGCCGUUUCGCGCCGCUCGUUCGCCUCCGCGACCUCCGUCGAGGGUCUCGCCCUCCGCUCGAUGGUCGGUGCAUUCCGCAAGCACGGCCACCUCGAAGCCUCGCUCGACCCGCUCCACCUCGAGAAGCCCAAGCCCUUGCCCGAGCUCGCGUCGGCGGCGUUCGCGCCGGUCCUCAACCUCGGCGCCGUCGACGCUAGCAGCGAAGUGUUCUUCAGCGACGCCGCCAACACGACGCCGGAGGCGCUCUACGCGCAGCUACGCUCGACGUACUGCGGUCCCAUUGGCAUUGAGAUGGAGCACCUGCGGUCGACCGAGGAGCGCGAGUGGCUCGCCAAGGCGAUGGAGUCCCCGUCGCUCAAGGUCACGCCGGCCAUGCAGCGCAACGCGUUCACGGCCAUGAUGACGGCCGAGGUGUUUGAGAACUUUUUGGCCAAGAAGUUUUCGUCGUUCAAGCGCUACUCGGGCGAGGGCGCCGAGAGCAUGCUGGCCGCGAUCCAGACGAUCCUCUCGACGGCGUCGGCCGAAGAGGUCUCGGACGUCAUCAUCGGCAUGCCCCACCGCGGCCGCCUCGCGCUCCUUGUCGGCCUCCUCGAGUACCCCGUGCACAAGCUCUUGUACAAGAUCCAAGGCCACUCGGAGUUUCCCGACCACAUCCACGGCGUCGACGACGUGACGUCGCACAUUGCCCAGAGCAUGGACUACGGCAUUGGCAACAAGGUGCACGUGAGCCUCCUCCACAACCCAUCGCACCUCGAGAUCAUCAACCCCGUCGCGACGGGCAAGGCCCGCGCCAAGAACGACGCCGGGGCCAAGGCCAUGGCGCUCCUCCUCCACGGUGACGCGGCCUUCUCUGGUCAGGGCUGUGUGCCGGAAGGCCUCUCGCUGAGUCAGCUGCCGUCGUUCAAGACAGAUGGCUCGGUGCACAUCGUCGUCAACAACCAGGUCGGGUUCACGACCACCAAGCGCGACGGGCGCUCGUCGACGUACUGCACGGACGUGGCCAAGGGCUUUGAGAUCCCAGUGAUCCACGUCAACGGCGAGUCCGUCUCGGACGUGCUCCAGGCCGCGCACAUCGCGACGCAGUUCCGCAACAAGUUCAAGAAGGACAUCGUCAUCGACCUCUGGACGUUCCGCCGCCACGGCCACAACGAAGUCGACGAGCCGCGCUUCACGCAGCCGGGCAUGUACGGCGCCAUCACGGCCAAGGGCAGCUUCCCGACUGUCUACGGCCAGCAGCUCGUGGAGCAGAAGGUCCUCACGCCCGAGGCGAUCGAGAAGCUCAAAACGAAGCUGACGGCGCACCUCGAGGCCGAGCUCGCCAAGACUGCCAGCUACAAGCCGACAGACGUGGACGCGUUCAAGGGCAAGUGGGCGACGAUGCACCAGCCGACGCCGGCCGAGCAGCGCGCGUCGGUCGACACGGGCGUUGCCGUCGACACGCUCAAGCAAUUGGCGCUCGCGUCCGUGGACGUGCCGGCCUCGAUCAAGGUGCACGACCGCCUCGAGCGCACGCACAUCCAGGCGCGCAAGAAGCUCCUCGCGCAAGAGAACGUCAAGGUCGACUGGUCGACGGCCGAGGCGAUGGCCUUUGGCUCGCUCCUCAAGGACGGCCACUCGGUGCGCCUCGCCGGCCAGGACUGCCGUCGCGCGACGUUCAGCCACCGCCACGCCGCGUUCACGGACCAGGGCAGCGAAGACAUGUACUUCCCGUUCCAGCACCUCCCGGAGGCGCUCAACCCGACCAAGUCGCGCUUCAGCGUCGUCAACAGCAACCUCUCGGAGCUCGCGGUUCUCGGGUACGAGUACGGCUACUCGUGGGAGGACCCGAAGAACCUCUGCAUCUGGGAAGCGCAGUUUGGUGACUUCUUCAACGGCGCCCAGAUCGUCAUCGACCAGUUCAUUGCGUCCGGCGAGUCCAAGUGGAUGCGCCAGUCGGGUCUCGUGAUGCUGCUGCCGCACGGCUACGACGGCGCCGGCCCGGACCACUCGAGCGGCAAGCCCGAGCGCUUCCUCCAGCUCGUCGACACGCAGGCGCUCGAGUCGACGUUGCGCGACUCGCUGAGCGCGUACGAGACCGACAUCAACAUGUCGGUGGUCAACCUCACGACGCCCGCCAACUACUUCCACCUGCUCCGCCGCCAGCAGCUCCGCGACUUCCGCAAGCCGGUGGUUGUCAUGGCGCCCAAGACGCUCCUGCGUCUCGCCGAAGCCACGUCGAGCCUCGAUGAGAUGGCGCCGGGCACCUCGUUCCAGCCCGUGAUUGGCGACGAUCUCCCCAAGGCGGACGUCAAGCGCGUGCUCUUCGUCUCGGGCAAGCUCUACUACGACCUCGUCAAGCAGCGCGCCGCGCACGGCCGCCAUGACACGGCCAUCAUCCGCGUCGAGGAGCUCGCGCCCUUCCCGUUCGCGCAGGUCCAGGAGCAGCUCGCUAGCUACGAGAACGUGACGGACGUGACGUGGAUCCAGGAGGAGCCUGUGAACCAAGGCGCGUGGCUCUACGUGCGCCCGCACUUUGAGAAGGUCGGCGUCAAGGACCUCAAGUUCAUCGGCCGCGACGCCCUCCCGACGUCGGCCGUCGGUCUCUCCAAGCGCAACGCCAAGGAGGCGGCCGAGAUCAUGCGCGAGGCGUGGUCGGCGUAAAUUUCGUUUCUGUUUGUUGUCGUAGAGUUGUACAACAAGACAAGAUUAGAGUCCGCUCGUGUUUUGCG